GCCCAGCUCCCCGGCCCCACUCGCGGCCGGGCGCUGCGGAGGAGCCUGGCCUCUCUCGCUCGCUGCAAGGUUCGUUCCCGGCCCCGCGCUCCCCGCUCCGCUCCCCGCUCGGCCAUGGAGCCGGCCCCCGAGGCCGCGGAGGCGCAGGCGGUGCGCGAGGCGCUGGGCCGCUACGAGGCGGCGCUGGAGGGCGCGGUGCGCGCGCUGCACGAGGACAUGCAGGGGCUGCAGCGCGGCGUGGAGCGGCGCGUGGCCGAGGCGCUGCGCCUGGCCGGGCCGCUGGCGCGCACCGUGGCCGAGCUGCAGCGAGACAACCAGCGGCUGCAGGCGCAGCUCGAGCGCCUGACGCGCCAGGUGGAGGCGCUGGGCUUGGCGACCGGGCUGUCCCCCGCGGCGCCGGGCACCCCGGGCACGCCCAGCCCUCCGCCGGCGGCGCCCGGCGCCCCGGACCACGCGCCCCGCCUGGGCUCCGCGCGCUUCGCCAGCCACGCCACCUUCUCCAUUUCGGGCCGUGGCCAGAGCGUGGAUGAAGCCAGCGAGCCGGAGAUGAGAAGGUCCUCCACCCAGAGCAUCAUCGAGAAUGGGCACCAGCCAGGGGCAGGUCCAGGUGAUGGACCCCCUGAGGCCACCCAGACCUUCCGGGCACCAGAGCCCCCCAAGCCUCGCCCCAUGAGCCUCUCCUUGGGGCUGCCUCACCAGCCAGUCACUGCCGUCAUGCGGGUCUCCGAGAGGUUCUCUGGAGAGACUUCAGCCACCGCGCUCUCGCCCACGUCUGCUGCCAUCCUGGGGGGCCUCGGCUCGAGCCCCAGUGAGGCCACCCCCCCCUGGACUCUAAGUCCCAGUGAGAAGAAUUCUCCUGUCCCACGGCCCUUGCUGGGCUCUGGCUAUGGGGCCGUGACAGCAGGCAGGAGCAAUGACAGCCCCCCUCUGGUGACGCCGCCCCAGUCGCCCCCGUCCCCGCAGCCGCCAGCCGCCGCUCAGGCCCAUCGCCGGGAGCUGGUGAGGUCGCAGACGCUGCCCCGGACCUCCAGCGCGCAGGCCCGGAAGGCUUUGUUUGAGAAGUGGGAGCAGGACACGGUGGGCAAGCCUGCGCGCUCUCCGCAGGGGCAGGGGCGAGGCCCGGGCCAAGCUGAAGCGGUCCCAGAGCUUCGGGGUGGCCAGCGCCAGCAGCAUCAAGCAGAUCCUGCUCGAGUGGUGUCGCAACAAGACUCUGGGCUACCAGCACGUGGACCUGCAGAACUUCUCCUCCAGCUGGAGCGACGGCAUGGCCUUCUGCGCCCUGGUGCACUCUUUCUUCCCCGACGCCUUCGACUACGGCGCCCUGAGCCCCGCGCAGCGGCAGAAGAACUUCGAGCUGGCCUUCACCAUGGCCGAAAACAGCUUCGGAUGGAGCGUGUUAUGCAACUGGAUCCAGACCACGGGGAAGGAGAGCCAAGUGCGCGGGGUUGGGGACGGGCGCCUCCGAGGGAUGGGGCCCAGCUGCCCGGAGCCCGGCCAUGGACCUUCAGAAACCGGGCCGCCGGAGUCUGCAGGGCCGGGCGGCGUCACGGCGUCCUCCGUCAGGUCCAGUGGGCCAGGCGCUGCCAGCUCAUGCCCUGGCUGCCUUGGUUCCCCUCAGCUCUGGGCCUGUGGCGAGGAGAGGGAGGCCCUGGGCCACGGGGUGAGGGUGGGGGGGAGGGCGCGGCCCUGCACCCCGGCUUGCUGGGAGCACAGCUUUCCUUGGCAGCCAGAGCCGGAGCACUUGGUGGUUGUGCUUCCCCAGCAUGAGGUUUGAGCCGGCAGCCUCCAGACUCCGCACACAUGGUUCUGCUGUCUCCAGCCCUGGGGAGCAGUGGCGGAGGCUGCUCCAGGGGUGGCCUCCCUCCUCCCCAGAGCAGACAGUGAGGGUAAGAAGCUUGGCCCUGCCUCCCUGCAGCCUGAGUCUGCUCCUGGCUGGGGACGGGAGGGUGGUCAGCCAGGCCCCUGAAGUGCAUUCUUGUUUUUCCGCUGACUUGAGGGGGCCGGAGUGCCUGUAUUCGGGGAGCUUGCUCGGAGUCUGGGAAGGGGCUUCCCCUUGUGAGUCAUCCAGAUUAUCUGAGGGCACUCACUGCAGAGGGCUUGGGAGGUGGGCCUGGCUGUCCGAGGCGCUGGGGCGGACAGCAGCCUGGUCCCCCCGUGUCCUGGCUGGUUAGAGGAGAUGGAGCGAAAGCACAGGGACACCUGCUCAGAGAGCCAUCUUCCGGUGUCUUACCCCGUAUACCUGAGGCUCAACACCGAAGCCAAGCAGGCGUGCGGGGCUGCCGGAAGCCGCCAGGAGCCGCGGGCCGGAGCUGAGGAAGGCGGCUUAGGAGCGGGCCGUGUGGGAGGAGGGGAGCCGGGCUCUGAUGAAGUUACAGCUUUUGGAAGGGCAAAGAGGACAGGAAUGGGCCUCCCAACAUUGGGGCCACCUCACACCAGGAAGGAAAAGUUUCCAGAUCCUCCUGUGGGCAAGUUCCUUCAAAGCACAGAGACCCAUCCAGCCGGUGUGGCUUAGUGGCUGACUGUUGACCUAUGAACCACGAGGUCAAAGUUCGAUUCCUGGUCAAGGCGCAUGCCCGGGUUGUGGGCUGGAUCCCCAGUAGGGAGUGUGUAGGAGGCUGCCAAUGGGUGAUUCUCUCCCAGCAUUGAUCUUUCUAUCUCUCCCUCUCCCUCUCCCUUCCUCUCUGACGUCAAUAAAAAUAUAUGUAUUUU